UUUAUGUACAGCGAUAGCAUUAGUUUGGCGAUGUUAUCGUUCUUAUAUUUUGUGAGUUUUCUUGGUCACACACAAUAUUUUACAUUAUUCCUUUAAAAAAGGCAAACUGCGCAGUUCUGCGCAACAGUGACGCUCGCGAACAAUUUGCGCAUUACGCGCGGUACUACUUCACUUUCGUGUUUACACCACACCACGACGCUGUGAAGCGGGUUUACCACCAACAGUUCGUGAAAACAAAGUGGAUACAUUUGCAUGAAUGACAACAUGUUAAGUGGCGUCUCUUAGUUUUUCUAUUUCAGAUGAAGACACAUCAAAAUCUGAAUGAAUUCCUCGUCAAGCUUUUCAGGCUUUGAAGAUGUCUGAUGCUUGUAGCUCUGAACCUGCAGGAGCCAUCAAGGCUAUUGACAAGCACUCAGUGCAUCAGAUCUGCUCCGGACAGGUGGUGCUGAGUUUGGCCACUGCUGUCAAAGAGCUGGUGGAAAACAGCAUUGAUGCAGGAGCCACCAACAUUGAAGUGAAGCUGAAGGAGUGUGGAACUGAACUAGUGGAAGUGGCAGACAAUGGCAAAGGUGUGGAGGAGGCCAACUUCGAAGGACUGACACUGAAGCACCACACGUCAAAGCUGAGGGAUUUCUCUGACCUCAUCCACGUGGAAACAUUUGGCUUCAGAGGUGAAGCCCUCAGCUCCUUAUGUGCUUUGAGUGACCUGAGCGUGGUGACAUGCCAUGAGUCCAGCCAGGUGGGAACCAAGCUGGUGUUUGACCACAAAGGGCACAUAGUGCAACAGUCACCCCAUCCCCGUCAGCAAGGCACCACAGUCAGCCUGCAGCAGCUUUUCUACACCCUGCCUGUUCGACAUAAGGAGUUCCAACGCAAUAUAAAGAAGGAAUAUACCAAAAUGAUACAUGUGCUGCAGUCGUACUGUAUCAUCUCUACAGGAGUGCGUAUCACCUGCUCCAACCAAAACGGGCAGGGAAAGCGCAGCACAGUGCUCAGCACCAAUGGUAGCCAGAGUAUGAGAGACAAUAUAGGAGCCAUAUUUGGACCAAAACAGCUACAGAGUCUUCUGCCUUUUCGACAAGUGUCCCCUGCAGAAAAUAUUAUUGAAGAAUAUGGACUCAAAGAAGCAGAUCUUCCCAAACAGCUUUUCACUAUCACAGGCUUUGUGUCACUAGGAGACCAUGGUGUUGGAAGAAGCGCCACAGACAGACAGUUCUUUUUCAUUAACAACCGCCCAUGUGAUCCCCUUAAGGUGACCAAACUUGUGAAUGAAGUGUAUCACAUGUAUAACAGACAUCAGUAUCCAUUUGUUGCCUUGAACAUAACUGUCGCCUCAGAGUGUGUGGAUGUGAAUGUAACACCAGACAAACGGCAGAUUUUCCUUCAGGAGGAGAAACUGUUGUUGGCUAUUCUAAAGUCCUCUCUCAUCAGCAUGUAUGACGCUGGAGUUAAUAAGAUCAGCCUGAACUAUACACCCAUGCCCAGCACCAAUACAGUCUCUGCAUCUAACCUGUGUCCAGCUGUUCCAUCUGAUGAGAACAUGCCAGAACCUGGAGAGGUCAUGAAACCGGCAAUAGAGAGCCCAAAGUCCUCCUUGAACUUGGCCAGCCUAAAAGCUGCUUUUUCAAGUCAUCACAGCUCCAGUUCUGGGAACAAGUCAAGCAUGUCAAAAGCUGCCAACAGUGGCUCAAGACAAAAAACUCUACAGUCUUUUUUUAAGGGUUCUGCAAAACCUCCUACUUCCAACCAAACUGUUAAGUCUCCUUUGAAACCUGCAAAUGAUCGAGCUGAAUGUUUCCCAAUGGGAAGGUCGGUGCUUGAUGGAUUCAGAUAUGGAAGGAUGUCGUGUAGUGAUACAGACCUUGAAAAAGACGGUGCUGUGUCCAGUUUUGUUUCCACUCCAGCAGCUCCAGAUAGUCAGUGUUCCGGCCUGGAGCUCCGUUCACCUGAACCGGUGAUUGACAGACCCACUGUAAAAGAUGAAACAAGCGAAGAAACUUCAGACAAUUAUGAGACUGUGCCUGUAGAGCCAGAGUUACAGACUCAGCCAGACACUUCAAAUGAGGACCAUGCUGUGAGCCCUGAUGCCAAGAGGGCCAGGAAAGAGAAUCCACAUUUCCCUACAGAACACAAAUCCAACACUUUCUUCAGCUGUUCUGAGGCAUCCUCUUCCUCUACAGUGGAUGCUCCAGUUUGCUUACAGAGGAGGACAGUGCCUCUCCAGUUCUCUUUACAAGAGCUUGAAGGGAAGUUAAGGAGAAUACGGGACCAGCAGAAAGAAAAGGCAGAUGAGGCGCUAUGCUACCGACGCUUCAGGGCCAAGAUCAACCCUGGAGAAAACCAAAGUGCAGAAGAAGAGCUGAAGAAAGAGAUCAAUAAAGACAUGUUCAAAGAUAUGGAGAUCAUCGGUCAGUUUAACCUGGGCUUCAUUAUCACCAAACUCAACUCGGACAUCUUCAUGAUUGACCAACAUGCCACAGAUGAGAAAUAUAACUUUGAGAUGCUGCAACAGCACACUGUGCUCCAAGGACAGAAACUCAUAGUCCCUCAGAAACUUCACCUCACUGCCGUCAGUGAGAAUGUUCUUUUAGAGAACAUUGAGAUUUUCAGAAAGAAUGGCUUUGAAUUUCUGGUUGAGGAGGAUGCUCAGGUGAUGGAGAGGGUUAAACUGGUGUCUCUGCCCACCAGCAAGAACUGGACGUUCGGUCCAGCCGAUAUUGAGGAGCUGAUCUUCAUGCUGAGUGACAGCCCAGGGGUCAUGUGCCGACCAUCCAGAGUCAGGCAGAUGUUUGCCUCCAGAGCUUGUCGGAAAUCGGUAAUGAUUGGCACUGCUCUGAGUGUCAGUGAGAUGAAGAAGCUGGUGGUUCACAUGGGAGAAAUUGAGCAACCAUGGAACUGUCCUCAUGGCAGGCCCACCAUGAGACACCUUGCCAAUCUGGACAUCAUCUCACAAGACUGACCACAACAAGGAAGGAACUGUCAGGACAAUCUUACUCUGCACUGGGCUGUCAUUUCAUUCUAGUUUAUUCCUGUUAAACAUCAUCCUUGCUGAUGCAUGGAUACACAGAAGAUCAAACAAUGUUGUAUAUUUGUAUGGUUAAGAUGCUUUGUAUUGACUGUCUGUUUAAAUAUUGUUGAAUUAUGUUAUGAUUUUAUUUGUGUUUUGAAUCACUAAAUAGUAGUUUUUAUACUUGGGGGAAAUAAACAACUUACUUUAGGUGUUGUUUCGUUAUGUUUUAUACUUUAUGUUUAUGGUAUUACCCCUUUUGACCUAGUAAGGUUGCCGUA